AUGACCGAGUCCUUCUUAGAUGGCCUCGCUCAGCUCACAUCAAACGAGUACUUAGUCCUCGCUGGCACUCUGCAUGGUAUCCACGCUAUUACAAGCCGCCUAUCCCCUGCUGGUUCGAGUUCAGGUGCACAGGUCAUCGAAGGGGAGACAUUUAAGAUGACCAUCUUGUUGACUGCGACAGGAACGAAAUUCGUCCUUCUUACAUCCUUGGCAGAUGCAACAGCGGAUUCGGUUCUUCAGAGAGUGUACGAGGCCUACGCAGAUGCUGUCAUGAAGAACCCAUUUCACACUCCGGAGAUGCCAACGCACUUUAACAACCAUGCAGAUGCAACGGACAAUAGCGAAUACGGAAACUCAGGUAUUGAUCUACGAGUUGCCAUCAGCCUGUACUUGAUUGUUCCUCAGACAAUCAGCAACAAGCAGAGUCUGGAGUGUGUGCAGACGUUGCUCAAAGCUGGCCUGGGGUGUAUAGCAUACUUGAGGGGUCUUCUACCAGCCGAGAACUUCGGUAAAUAUCAACUCUCGUCUCAAAAAAACGGAAGGGCCUCUUCUUCGUCUGGUUCCUUCUCUUCAGACGGAACUACUGGACUGAAUAUCAGUGGUGUCACGAUCAUGACCCUCAAUCGAGGCUUUACUAACGAAGGGGAUCGUAUAAUUGACUACCUGGAGAACGGUAUAUUUGAGGCCAUAGACAAGCAAUACCUUAGGAAAGUUAUAUUCGGCAUUUACUUGGACAGCAAGGAUCCCAACAACAUUGUGGAGGCUUACACCUUCAAUUUCCAUUACCACAAGCUGCCUGGCAGUAACACCGCCAUACCGAUCUUGACUCUUGGAGAUCAAUUGUCGAAGAUGUCGCUUGCGCUCCCAGAUCCUGUUUCUGAGGCCCUCAAGAAAGGGCAGAUGCCUACUCUUGGGGAGGUCAAAAGGAGUGUUAAGGCGAUGAUCAAGUCGCUUGUAACUACUAUCAAUCAGAUGGAAAACCUUCCAAAAAAUCGUUACGGAAAUUUCAAGUUAUUCUUCAACGAAGAUGCCCCGGAUGAUUAUCAGCCCCCUCAUUUUCAAGCGGCAGAUGCCGAAGCUAACAGAUGGUUCUUUACCACCCAUGCGGCAGGCGAAGUACCGGAACGAACGAGUAUUGGCCAAGUAAACGCAGGAUGGCAUGGCCUCGACAUGAAAGUGGUUUCAGUAUCGUCGUAUCUUCCUUCUAUAACAGAAGACAACAAUGCGCCAUUCGGGGGUAUCACGUCGCACACAGCCCCUAGAUUGACCCCAGUUGAAGAAGCGAGAAUCAGAGUAGAGGACGCACAGUUGCAGAAGAAAGAUGCGUUGGAACGCAACGUCGUCUGGAGUGUAGAUGAAGACGAGGAUGCCGAGGGUGAGAUGGUAAUUGACGAAGGCAUUGUUUUGUCCAGGUUCGGUGGUGACGUACAAAUGGCCCCCAUCGGCAUACGAAGCGAAGAUGGAGGGGUUCAGCCAUUCUCUCAAGUCAACGUUACUUCGUCGCACGCUCAUGCCCAGUAUGGUGGUAUGUCGGAGUCGACCCCGAUACGCGUCGGAGAUUUGAACAUUAGAAAGGCCGCUCGUGACAUCGAGGAAACGCAGCAGGUCCCAGCCACUCAGGAGAUUGUCAUGGGUUCACCAAUACCCGCUCCUUCGACGCAUAAGGUCCCCUCCUUGCCUGCUUCUGAUGUCGCCUCAUCCGCCUCGGUCAUCUCCACUCAAGAGAUUGAUACUCAGUGCCUCCAAGAUCUUCUCGGAAUGAGGAAUGGUGUGUCUACCGCGCCUGAUUCAGAGAUGUUGGAUAUGGAGACACAGAUACUGGAAUCGUCUGGACCGCCGUGCAAUCUAGCUAUCACUCAUGCGCAGGACCUUCCUCUUAACAGUCGGCCCAAGGGCUCUUUUGGGUUGAAAGAUGAAGAUCAACUUGACUGUGACUGCGGGAUAGCGGUUGACGAUGAUGCUCUAAUGUGCGAGGGUGGCUGCAACCGUUGGUUCCACGUCUGGUGCGCAUUUUCGUUUCUCGUACAAAUCAAGCCCUCUGACAAACGCCGGUCGGGUAGGUGCAUGGGAUAUCACGGUGCACGAGACAAGCGUCUUCCUGCUCAAUUUACUUGCUUUGAUUGUCGUCUUCGCGGAUCACUCGAGUGGGACAUUAUCGCGGGGAAGAUGCAUGCUGAUAUGAUCGCUCGAUACAAAGACUUAUCACUCUUCAGGAGGGCUAUCAAGAUUUGUGAGGUGCAUCAGCCCUCCUCGGCGUCAUUAUUCAGGGAGCACACUGGUCAGUUCAUUCUCAUACUGUCCCCCGCUGUUUUCAUUUCAUAUAUGAUCGAAGGGUGUGACACCGCACUGGUUGGUCAGCUUCUGACGAGGCUAGAAGAGGAAGGCUUUAUUGCGGUUGAAAGCAUUGUCUCUGAUGAGUUAGGCAUUGGCGUCACCCACUCCCACGCAAAAAAGGGCAAGAAAGGCGUGAAGACCAAAACCAAAAAGCAGAAGGAGCUCCAAAAAACCAAAUAUGUAUUUCUCUCCAGGGCAAAACGUUCCAAAGCCUAUGCAGAUUACUUUAACCCACUUCCCGAAGUCGAGAACCGUCUCAUGGGCCUGUCUGAUAAGGUGCGAUGUAAAUCUAAAGCAGGACAAACCUCAGUGGCUUCGGCUGAAAUUGCAGAUUCCAACUUACAUCCUGAGGUCACGGCGCGAGCGGGUUCCUCUGAUGACGAAUCCCAAACCCAAGAAACGACUCAGAAUGUCCUCACUCUAGCGAUAGCCGAAAAACGCAAAGCUGCAACAGAUUUGGUGCAUCGCGGGAAACGGGUCAAAAUAUCAAUCGGCUCUGGCGUUGAUCUUUGCGACUGA